AUGGCUCCUGUAACAAGCUCCGAUGUUCUCGAGUAUGAAAAAUCCAUCUUUGAUGCUGGACUCCACUUUGCUCGACCUUUUUUCACAUUUCAGUCAUCAGAAUGGGAGCCUAUGGCCAAGGAUGUACUGUCGGCAACCUCGUGGGGCUACAUCCACGGCAACUGCGGAGCUGGCUCAACCUAUCAAAACAAUCUCACCUCCUUCACACGCUGGUCCAUUGUGCCUAGACGCUUGGUGCCUAGCCGAAAGGAUGAUGCUGGCAACGAGAGGUUUUCCGAUACCACGACGACGGUUCUCGGUCAAACCCUGCCCUUCCCAGUUGCUAUUGCGCCGAUUGGUGUGCAAAAGAUCUUCAAUCCCGAGGGAGAGGCUGCUACUUCCCGAGCCACUGCCUCCCUUGGCAUCCCAUACAUCCUGAGUACGGCGUCAAGCACAAGCAUCGAGGAUGUGGCAUCCGCAAACGGCGCAGGUGCUCCCAGGUGGUACCAACUUUACUGGCCAAGCCGUGAGCAUGACGAUAUCACCAUCUCCCUCUUGAAGCGGGCCAAGGCUGCUGGCUACACUGCAUUGUUCGUCACACUCGAUACUUAUGUGCUUGGAUGGCGUCCCAGUGAUCUGGACAAUGGAUACAACCCAUUCAUCCACCCAGAUCAUAUCGGCGUGGAAAUUGGGUUGACAGAUCCUGUCUUCCAAAAGCAGUUCAAAGAAAAGCAUGGAUACGACAUCUCUAGCGCCCCUAGUGGCGUGUACCAGUCAGCUCAAGGCGGAACAACCGGAGCCAGCCUUGGCCCGGCAGCCCGAGAAUGGGCCAAAAUUGUAUUCCCCGGACACUCACACUCUUGGGAAGACGUUGAGUUUCUCAAGAAGCACUGGGAUGGACCUAUUGUUCUCAGGGGCAUUCAGAGUGUGCACGAUGCUAAGAAAUGCGUUGAAGUGGGCGUCCAAGGAAUUGUUGUGAGCAACCAUGGCGGAAGACAGCAGGAUGGUGGAGCCAGCAGCUUGGGAAUGCUGCCGAAGAUUGUUGAUGCUGUUGGAGAUAAGAUCGAUGUCAUCUUUGACAGUGGUAUCAGAUGUGGUGCUGAUAUCAUCAAGGCAAUCGCUCUGGGGGCCAAGUGUGUUCUGGUCGGUCGACCCUAUGCGUAUGGGUUGGCACUAGGAGGAGAAGAGGGAGUCAGACAUGUGCUUCGAGCCAUGUGUGGUGAUUUGACCAUGAACAUGCACCUUGCAGGUCUCCGUGACAUACAUGAAGUUACCAGGGAUAUCUUGGUCAAGGAGUCGGAUCUUGUCUAA